UUACCCAAACGAACCAAUUGCCUCCCCGCGCAGGUGAUCCGCACCGACACCUUCAAGCACCUGCGCCACCUGGAGAUCCUCCAGCUCAGCCGCAACCUGGUCCGCAAGGUGGAGGUGGGCGCCUUCAACGGGCUGCCCAACCUCAACACGCUGGAGCUCUUCGACAACCGCCUGACCACGGUGCCCACGCAGGCCUUCGAGUACCUGUCCAAGCUGCGCGAGCUGUGGCUGAGGAACAACCCCAUCGAGAGCAUCCCCAGCUACGCCUUCAACCGCGUGCCCUCGCUGCGCCGCCUCGACCUGGGCGAGCUCAAGCGCCUCGAGUACAUCUCGGAGGCCGCCUUCGAGGGCCUGGUCAACCUGCGCUACCUCAACUUGGGCAUGUGCAACCUCAAGGAGAUCCCCAACCUGACGGCGCUGGUGAGGCUGGAGGAGCUGGAGCUGUCCGGGAACCGCCUGGGCCGGGUGCGGCCGGGCUCCUUCCAGGGCUUGGGCAGCCUGAGGAAGCUGUGGCUGAUGCACGCGCGGGUGGCGGCGGUGGAGCGCAACGCGUUCGACGACCUGAAGGCGCUGGAGGAGCUGAACCUGGCCCACAACGACCUGGCCUCGCUGCCGCACGACCUCUUCGCGCCGCUGCACCGGCUGGAGCGCGUGCACCUGCACCACAACCCCUGGCGCUGCGACUGCGACGUGCUCUGGCUCAGCUGGUGGCUGCGCGAGACCGUGCCCAGCAACACCAGCUGCUGCGCCCGCUGCCACGCGCCGCCGGCGCUGCGCGGCCGCUACCUGGGCGAGCUGGAGCCCGGCCACUUCACCUGCUACGCGCCGGUCAUCGUGGAGCCGCCGGCCGACCUCAACGUCACCGAGGGCAUGGCGGCCGAGCUCAAGUGCCGCACGGGCACGGCCAUGACGUCGGUCAACUGGCUGACGCCCAACGGGACGCUGAUGACGCACGGCUCGUACCGCGUGCGCAUCUCGGUGCUGCACGACGGGACGCUCAACUUCACCAACGUCACCGUGCAGGACACCGGGCAGUACACCUGCAUGGUCACCAACGCCGCCGGCAACACCACGGCCACCGCCACGCUCAACGUCUCGGCCGCCGAGCCCGCCGCGGCCGCCGCGGCCGCCGCCGCGGCCACCGGCUACACCUACUUCACCACGGUCACCGUGGAGACCACCGAGGGCGCCGGCGGCGACGACCAAGCUCCCCAGACCCCCGCCGCGCCCCACGGCGGGCCGGCUGAACCGGCCGGCGCCUCUACGGCCGCCCCGGCCACGCGCGCCACCGGCAAACCCUUCACCGUGCCCAUCACGGCGGCGGCGGCCGGCGCGGCGGCCGGGGGGAGGCUCCAAGAUUUGGACGACGUCUUGAAGACCACCAAGAUCAUCAUCGGCUGCUUCGUGGCCAUCACCUUCAUGGCCGCCGUCAUGCUGGUGGCCUUCUACAAGCUCCGCAAGCAGCACCAGCGCCACAAGCACCGCGGCGGCCCCGCGCGCGCCGUGGAGAUCGUCAACGUCGAGGACGAGCUGGCCGGAGGUCCCGGGCGGGGGGCGGCGGCGGCCCCCGGCGGCGGCGCCGGGACGGGUGGGGACAACCGGUUGGCGCUGCCGGCGUUGGAGAGGGAGCACCUGGACAGGUACGCGGCGUUGGCCGCCCACUACGGCGGCCCCGGCGGCGGCGCUGGCUGCGGGAAGACGCCGCUGCUCAACUCGGUGCACGAGCCGCUGCUCUUCAAGAGCCCCUCCAAGGAGAACGUGCAGGAGACGCAGAUCUGA